GGCGCCAUGGAGGCAGGGGGCUCCCCAGGUUUGGAACAAAGACCUCCCACGCAGGUCCUCUGAGCCUGGGCCAGCAGGAUGGCGAGACCCGGGAGAGGCCGCAGGCAGGAUGGCUGGUGCUGAGAGGAGCCGGUGACUCUGAUGCCCUUAGCGGCGGCAGCUCCACGUCCUGAAGAUGAAGUGGCCCAGGUGAAGCGGUCCAGGUGACGCGCAGGCCGGGCCCAAUGGCCAGCUCGGGGACGGAGGUCCACUGGUCCGAGCCAGGCCUGGGGAAGGGGCCCCAGCGGCGGCGCUGGGCCUGGGCCACGGAGGAAAAGGAUGCUCGUGGGGGCGGCCCACACAGCUGGGGAGCAGAGGAGCCCUUUCCCAGCGCCACCAGCCCCGAGCUCCUGGAGGACUUCGGCCUGGCCCAGCAGCACCUGCAGCCUCGGCCAUGGGACCCAGAGCCGCGACCUGAUGGGCACCGAGGAUCCGAAUCCGAAUCGGGAGAGUCUGCCGAGGAAGAGUUUGAAGCAGAGGAUGUGGACAGCCCCGAAAGUUCCAACUCGCCUCUCGGCUGGCUCCCCCAGCAGGACCCCCCGCCGGGCAUGACUGAGGAGGAGCCAGAGGAGGCCCUCGGCGAUGAUGAAGCCGGACAGAGCCCCCCGAGGUCGGAGUGUGAGGCUGGUCUCUGCUCCGGGGACGAUGGAACCACCAGCCCCGUGGCUCUGGGGUGGGGUCAGGCCGCAAGCUGGGUGGCCUCGGGCAAACAAGCCAGGGGAGACAAACUUCCAGAACAUUCUGAGGUCAACCCAACUGUUGACCUCAGCUCUGCUAAGUCCUGGAGCAGUGGGACCGUGAGCCUCGACCACCCUAGUGACAGCCUUGAUUCUACCUGGGAAGGAGAGACGGAUGUCCCCCAGCCCACUGCCCUAGAGGAAACUUUACCACAGAGCCCCAGCCACCACCUCCUAAGUCCAGAUGACAGAACUGGAGGAAGCGUUGCCCUGGCAACGCCCACGGAAUUCCAGGACUCCGCAGCACCCCCAGCCCAGAGCCUCCAGGGUCCUGCAGAUAGAUGGAGGAGAGGACCGGCCAGUCUCUCCUGCCCUCAGCCGGGGGACCACACCUGGAAGCGUGCACGGAUAUCACCUAAGGCGCUCCCUUCACGAUUCACUGGCUCCAUCAGCCGCCUGAGUCCUCCGCCCAGGCCAGCCCGGCAGGACAGGCCGCCCAGGCAGGGAGCCACGGUGGCUGGCCACUCAGCUUCUGAUGCCCCCAAGUACGGCCGGGGGCGGCUGAACUACCCGCUCCCUGAUUUCUCCAAGGUGGGACCCCGGGUGAGGUUCCCCAAAGAGGAGAGUUACCACCCCCCCAAGGCCAGGAGGCAUAGCAAGCAGCCUCAGGACCCCAGCAGACCCCUGAUUUUCAAGUCACCUGCCGAGAUUGUGCGGGAGGUGCUGUUGAGCAGUGAGGAAGCCUGCUUGGGAAAGGACCCACCUCCUGCCCACCCCAUCACCAGGGUACCUCAAGAAUUUCAGACGCCUGAGCAAGCCACCAAGCUGGUCCAUCAGCUCCAGGAGGACUACCACAAGCUCCUCACCAAGUAUGCGGAGGCCGAGAACACCAUCGACCAGCUGCGCCUGGGGGCCAAGGUGAACCUGUACUCGGACCCACCCACGCCCAGCCACAGCAUCCACACAGGGAUGGUGUCCCAGGGGACCAAGGUCCUGACCUUCACCAUCCCACACCCCCAUUCUGUGGAGCGGUGGCCCGGGCCUCCUGAGGCCCCACAGACCUCUGAGGCCUCAGGGGGGUCGUCAGCUCAAGGAGACCCGAGCCCCUCCUCGUCCUCCAGUGCGCCCACCUCAGGGUGUCUUCCGGAGAACCCCGGCAUCUCCCCGGACCAGGCCUCGGCAGAGCGGACCCAGGCGCUGGCUUCUCAGGCCAGACGGUUCCUGGCCAAGGUGGAGUCCUUCGUGGGCCUGAUGCAGGCAGGACGGCUGACGCCCCAGGAUCAGCUCAAGGUCUUCCAGCAGCUGAAGGCUGCCCACUCGGCCCUGGAGGAGGAAUACCUGAAGGCCUGCAGGGAGCAGCACCCGGCGCAGCGGCUUGCCGGCUCCCAGGGGCCGCCUGGGAAGUUUGAUCCUGGCAGGGAGCUGGAGGCGGAGAUAUUCCAGCUGGGCAUUCGCCUGGAAGAACUGAAGGACCACAUGGAACAGAACCAGCAAAAGCCUGAGCGAGCCGGGUCAGACUCACCUCUGGACAGCCCCCUGGCCACGCCCUCCCGCCACCGCCCAACGUGCUUGCCUUCUCCCUCAGGACAAGCCCACACGCCGGCCAUCCAGACCCUCUGCCUUAAGCCUGACGCUCCCAGCACUGACCCCUGCGCAUUGCACGUGAACGUGGAGGUGAGCCCUGCAGGCAGUGAGGUGGAGGGCAGGCUGCUGGGCCUCCCGGUCCCUCUCAGGCACAAGGAGCUGCAGGUGGAGCAAGACUUCCAGGGGCUCCUGGAGCGGUACCUCAGUGUGAAGUCCCUCCCAGAAGCCAUGAGGGCGGAGGAGGAGGAGGAGGAGGAGGAGGAGGGCAGAACCCUGGAAGUGGACGGGUCAGCUUCAGCUCCGGGGAAGGCACAGACCACCAGGCUUCCCUCACGGCAGCUCCCGGUGCGGGCGGAGAGAAGUCACGGGACCCCCCUCGAGGAGGCUGUGGAGCAGUCGGCGUCCACGAAACCAGCAGGCUUCCAUGCAGCCAUGGCCGGAGAUGGGCACCAGCUGGGCCUGGGCAAGGCCGAGGCAGCCCCCCCGGGCCCUGGUAGGCCACCCCACUCUCGGGGCACCAAGCCGGCGGCGUCCCACCAGAGCAGUCUGACCAGCCUGGAGGGAAGCGGCAUCUCCGAGCGCCUUGCACAGAAGUCUCUACGCCAGGCUGGCGGGCACCUGGAGGAAUCCUGGAUGGCAUCCCCCGAGACAGACAGUGGCUUUGUGGGCUCAGAAACCAGCAGAGUGUCGCCCCUAACCCAGACCCCAGAGCAUCGGCUCUCCCACAUCAGUGCCCCAGGGACAUUAGCCCAGCCCUUCACUGCUUCUGUGCCCCGGGAUGCAGCCUCCCACCCCCACACCAGGGGUCUUCCGGUCCCCAGAAGAGCCACUGAGCCCAGAACACCCAGGAGUCGAGCCCAGAGGCACCCCUCCACCCGGGACAGUCCUCUCCGCCAGAGGGCACCCAGCUUCCUCCUGGAGCCGGCGGCGGCAGCCGAGAUGGCGGUCCCUGGCUCGCAGCUGGAGGGGCGAAAGCGGAUUUCGGAGCAGCCCCGCCCCAGCACGGGAAGCAGCCCAGCCUCCACCCAGGGCCCUGCAGCGGCGGCUCUGCCCCGCGGACCGGCAGACACCACCUCAACCCUCCUCACCAGGACAGGGCGCGACCAGGCCAUCCGCGAGCUGCAAGAGGAGGUGUCCCGGCUCCGGCUCCGGCUGGAGGACAGCCUGCACCAGCCGCCCCAGGGCAGCCCCACACAGCCAGAGUCCGCCGUCAACCACCCUGUCCGGGCCCGGGACCGGCCAGCCGACUCCCCAGCCGCCUGGGGCAUCCCCUAUGGCAGUAAAUCCACAGAGAGAUUGUCCAGUGAGCCUGGAGGUUCAGAGUCACCUGUCCCCGCAGGAAGGCGGCGAGCCAGGUCCUCCUCGGUGCCGCGGGAGGUGCCCCGACUGUCCUUGAGUUCCGAAUCUGAGCCAGCCUCCCCCCGGCUGUCCUCUCAGAAGGGCAGGACCACCAAGGACAGCCCCCGGGCAGCUCGGGACAAAACGAGAGGAAUGCGCAGCACCGGGCGGCCAGACAGGGUCACCUUCCGGGGUCAAUAUACAGGCCAGGAAUACCAUGUUCUGCCCCCCAAGAUUGUCCCAAGAGGCAAUAGCACAGUCUCCUGUCCUCACUGCCAGCCUGUGAGGACCCAGGACACAGGUGGUGCUGUCGCCAGGGACCCACUGGGACCAUCUCCCACUGAUGCCCCGCGAUGUCCCCUGUGUGGUCGAACUGGGUCCCCUGGGUCCCCCGCAGAGGGUGACGGCCCAGACCCAGCCACCUCAGGAGCAGGAAAGUCCACAAGGAGAAACGCCCCUUCCGCUUGCAGCCCCAAGCAGAGGAGCAAGCGGGUGGGGUCCCCGGCCCGGACCCCGCCGCCCCCAGGACUGUGGUAUCUGGCUGCUGCGCCUUCGGGACCAGCCCCUCCUGCGUUUGCCUACGUCUCCUCGGUUCCCGUGAUGCCUUACCCGCCUGCCACUGUGUUCUACGCGCCUCGAGGAGGACCUACCUCAGCCCCCUCCACCCCCUCAGCCCGACCAGCUGGCGAGUGGCCCCCCGCAGCCUCCUCCCGGGCAGCUGGAGGACACCGGCGCUGCAUCCAGCUGGACCUGGAGGACCUGGAGGAGCUCAACAAGGCCCUGAGCCGAGCCGUCCAGGCGGCCGAGAGCGUCCGCUCCACCACCAAGCACAUGAGCCGCUCCCUGUCGGCCGACCUGCGCCAGGCCCACAGCCUGCGGGGCUCCUGCCUCUUCUGAUGGCUCUGGGGCUCAGAGACAGAUGGCGGAAGGUGGGCGUGCAGCCUGCUGCCGUCUCCCCGAAGGCCCUGCGGACCCCUCACGAGGGGUUCUCCCUCCAGCACAGGCCCCGCUGCUCAGGCUCGGUGUUGGCAAAACGGGAGAGCUCUGCUCAUCAGGAGAGGUCACCUCCCAGGGCACCAGCCCCCGAAGGAGGUGCCGGGACCAAGGCCGGGACCAAGGCCACAGGCAGUCUCUGGGCGUCUCCUGCACGUGUCCACCUCCAGCUAAUAAUAUGUACUUUCUA